AUGUUAUCCAUGGAUGCGAUAAUGUGUAGAAACGUGAUAACUUUUGAAGACGUUCACAUGGUGAAUUCUCCUGGUUGUACAGUGUCUGUAAGUGUUUAAGCUAUUUAAAAAUGGCAGAAGAGAAUUUUUAUUUUUGCAAGAACUUUGUUUACAGCCAAAAGUUUUGAAAAAAAGCUAGUUUUUUUUGAAAAAAGGCGAAAAAUCUGGAAGUUUUAGAUUUUUUUCGAAGUUAAUGCCAUUUUUAAAUUAAAAAAAAUAAAUUUAAAUUGAAGGUAUGAUAAAGAUUGAUGUUUUAAAAUACAAUUUAGGGUGAUAUGCUAGUAGAGUGCGACGGUACAGAGCGAGAAGUGUCCGCGGAAGAGCGUCUGGCCCUGGAUUAUUAUAAAGAAGUGAUACGAAAGUGGAAUGAAGAUCUUGGAAAGUUCGUAAGUCUACAAAAUAUAGUUAUUUUGACGUAGAUUUAGCUGUAUUUUUAGCUAGACGAAGGGAAAAUUUAUAUAUUUUUAGCUAGGCCAAGCGAGGAAAAAUACAAAUGCCAAAAGCUUUGCCGUGCCAGAUUACCCGCAGUUUCCUCCAAUCUGCAAAUCUUGUUCUGAAUAA